AUGAGCGAUGACGAAGAUGACUAUCUCUCACCCAAGUUCCUAGUGGAAGCAGAGACUUCUCGCAGCCAUAAAUCCUACUCUCGGCUGAGGAACGAGGCACGACGUGCAGCUGAAGCGAAAGAUGCUGAGAACCGAGAAAAACAAAAGAAGUAUUCAGCCAAAGCGCGUAUCCAGGAGGGCUUGAGUACUAGCUUGUUUGAGAGGGCUAGGGAGGAGGAGAAAAUGGGCUUGGGUGGCAGUAAAGCUUUGAGUAUGAUGGUGAAGAUGGGUUACAAGGAGGGAGAGGGUUUGGGACGCAAAGCCGACUCACCAACGGUGAAUGAUGCUAAUAAGAGUAAUGAUAGGGUUGCGGAAGGCGAUCCAGGUGGCCUCGCUGAAGAGCAUCGUGGCGGUAUCGGGUCUGCCGCUGAUGAUCAUCGUAUUGAGCCACUCCGCAUCUCUAUAUGGGACGGGAGGAGAGGUUUGGGUUUAGGGCAGAAGCGUGCUGCUCAGUUGGAUGACACCCCCGCCAUACGAGCUGCUAAGAUGACCAAGCUUGCGGAAACUGAGAAAGAAACUGCCGAAGCCUUCAGAGAACGAACCCGGCGCGAAUUCGAGGAAAAAAGAGCUGAAGCGCGUCUUACUGUUGCCACUCGUACUUGCGUUUCCCUUGACGAGAAGGCCGGACUGAAGUUUAAUAUCCUCUGGCUAAAUCCCCUCAACCCAAAUUCAUGUCCGCCCGAGUUAUUGCAAGCAUUAGAACGAACUCAACAAUCUGGCGGAACAUUUUCUGCUCAGAUACCUGCUGAAUUCAGUAUCGAAAUUCUACAAGACGCACGAUCUCCUACCGCUGGCGUAGAUCCGGACGAUGACUUUCUCCCUCCCCAAAAACUAAAAGGGCAUGAAUCCGAAGUGGCUCGACUUCGGGAACAGAUGAAGAAAGAUGCGCUUCAGCCACGGCUUCCCCGCUUACACGGUGAGAUGGAGGACGACCCGGACGAGCUGACAGAGGCAUUCGCCUUCGGAAUCAGCUCAUCCUCUACCGGGGGGAAACAGGCGAGGAAGACAUUGGAUGACGAAGAGCAAGGAGUGGACAAGGAAACGGAAAGUCUCGACUUCUCAGAAGACGAAGUGGCGGAGGCAAGAGAGUUCCUCAGUAUGCCGGCCCAGGGCAGACUUGACAAAGUGCUUUCAUACCUUCGGUCUGAGUAUGCCUAUUGUUUCUGGUGUGGGACACAGUAUGACGAUAAGGAGGAUAUGGAGAAAUCAUGUCCUGGGGAAACUGAAGAAGAGCAUGAUUAG